AUGCUCGCCAAUGGUAUUCUGAUUUUUCUAGUGCUGAAAAGAACUCCGAAGCAACUGGCAACAUACUCGAUCCUUAUUCUCAACUUCGCCAUCUGCGAUUUCACGGCAUGCGCUGCUGCUUUGUUCGUGCAGCAGAGAAUCAUUUCUGGUGGACUUGGUCUUUAUUUUGUUUCCUAUGGACCGUGCGUGUUUUUUGGGUCAAAAGUCUGUUUUGUUGGAUACAGCCUCAUGCUGCAAUGUUAUUCUCACGGACUGUGGAGCCUGCUAUUCUCAUUUUCAUAUCGCUACUACAUCUUAGGGCAUCAGCAGCCAAGAAGGAGGACUGUUAUAUUUGUUAUUUUCCUUAUAUAUCUUCCAUCUUUGAUCCAGUUUAUAGUAUUCUCUUUCGCCAGUGAUGGUGAAGCUGAGUUGAAAACAAUCAUAGAGAUGAAGUUUGGUUACGAUGUAAGCUCGGAAUGUGUUAGCGGUCAUAAAAAUAUACUCAGCUGGAUGGUGCUUCCCUUCAUUCUGCAUAUGACACUGCCAAUCGCACCUGUCUACACAACCAUCCUCGUACUCAGAGGACUGACAGCAAGGAAAUUGACCAACGAAAGUACCUUUUCCAAAAAAGCUCGCGAUCUUCAAUCGCAACUACUCAAGGUAAUUUCGCUUGUACUUCUGUAA